AAACGGCGCGGAGGUAGGGAACACUAGCCGUCAAGUGCUCGUCGAGGACACUCAAAAACUACAAGGAGAGCCCUUUAGUCGUUGCGAAAAGGACUCGUCCGCGUCUGUGGGUUCGGAGGUCGCGUCGGCGUCGCGUCGGUUCGGUCAGUCGCGUCCGAUGUUCAUCCUUCAGACGUCGACUGCGAUCGAGCGUGGUGUCUUUGUUCGUUUCGCGAUUUUUUCGCGUGUGCCUGGACGAUGAACCCGGAGGAACUGUUCGUGGACCAAAAGGAGAUGUGCACGAGUGAUCGUUGAACCAUCGGGUGUUCGGUAGCCAGAGUGACGUGUUUGGAAAAGUGAGGACGGACAGGCAGAAUAGAAAGGUGGAGGAAAGUGGACGAGUGAAAAGUAAACAGAAGGUACGAGAGAGAGAUUAGAGAGCAGAGGCUAAAAGAGGGGUAGAAAGAAAAGAUAACGAGAACUCAAGGGAGAGAAUUAAAGAGGAAAUAUAUUCGGUUUCGAGCAAGUUCGCGCGAAACGAGCGAACCAACGAGGACGUUUCCUAACAUGUACCGACGCCGCUAAACACCUCUCUGAUACCCCUUUCAAAAUGGCGGACAAGAAUACGAUUCUGCCGUGGUCGCUGCUAUCCUAUCCGACCAGUCUCUUGAAUCACGUCUGGUACAGCCACCUUGCUUUCAAUAAUAGAAUAUUGGAGAGCAUAAAGAUGCCCAGAACGAGUUUCCACAUCCAUGACAUCCUGCAGCUCGACUCGAAGCCGUCUCAGGAGGAAACGGAGGUCCAAGGAAGCACCACGGUUCUACCGAGCGCAAACGAUGUUCCGUCGGCCUAUCAACAAUUUUUCGAGCAUACGACGGCCAUGUUGCAACCCGCGUUGUACGCGAACCUCAACAGAGGUACCCUACCACCGGCGCCACCUGGGCUGCUGGGAUGGCCUGCUGGUCCAACGUUACCAGCCACCUUACCACAGCCUUUGGAAGAACUUAAUGUGCUACAGCAGCCAGACUCGACCAGCCCAGCGAUCUCGGACUUGUCCUUUGCCCCGAAGCAGGAGAACAGCCACGAAUGCAAGGAAGAAGAAUCGGCGGAUUUCGAGGACGAGCAACAGACGAGCGACGCUCAACCCCACGAGACGGAGCACAAGAAGAGGAAACGGCGAGUUUUGUUCUCCAAGGCGCAGACUUUCGAAUUGGAGAGACGUUUCCGUCAGCAGAGAUACCUGAGCGCUCCGGAGAGGGAGCAUCUGGCCUCGAUAAUCCGGCUGACGCCCACGCAAGUGAAGAUCUGGUUCCAGAACCACAGGUACAAAACGAAGAGGGCGGCUACCGAGAGGGUAGAGGCCAGUGGGAGCGGAUGUUCGCCAAGGAGAGUCGCCGUUCCGUUGCUGAUAAAAGAUGGAAAACCUUGUCAGUCAAAACUAAUGGAACCGUCCACGUAUCCCAGCACCGGACAGGUACCUAUGCCACCGUACAUGCAAAAACCCUAUUGGUGGUAAAAGAAACUCUUGUGAACGUUUAGACGUAUGCAGAGUAGCUGAACUCUUGGGAGGGAUUCGUGACGAUACAUUUCAGUGGCUAUAUGUUAUCCAGAUGCGUCGGUAGAACGAUUUGUGAACAACUUAUUGUUAGUGAGUGAAUACGUCGGAGAACAUUGUGGUUUUUAUCCAGGUCAACGUUAGAACCAGUGCAAACUAUGGCAAGUAAACGUCAACCAGUGCAGAUACGAGUUUGAUAUUACGGAGACAGAAGAAGACAACGGACAUUGAAGCACGAUAUUAAAGACGACGAUUUUCUUAAGAUAACGUUAUCUUUCUUUCUAUUGUGGAUAUCAGUGAAAACGGUUGUCUCGGAAUUUUAAAAAAGAACCAUAGCGCAGAAUGGAGAUGUUCCUUACUGUUUGUAGUAAGAAUUCUACAUGUCGACCGUAUUACUAGCGUAGAUACUGUUUAUCGGUAACAGUGAACGUAGAGUCCUAAAUAACGAUAGAGACAGUCGAAAGGCAACAACCGUCGAGUUGCAAUUGAUGAACAAACGCACUGUCGCGUCGGUCGAAACGUUUGACGUGGACUGAACGAGCGAACUCUUCUCUAACAGAGACUAUCAUCGUAAGAAGCUAACGGUGAUUUGAUUAUACUAUUCGAAUCGAGGAAGCGACGCGAUAUCGUAUGAAACCAAAGAUAGCUCGCGAUCGAUGGACGUUGUUCGAACGUACCGAACAGGUCGCGGCGAGAAAGUGAUCUAGCGCAAAUAAGUAGAUAAGUAGAGUUGUUAGUUGUGAAUUCAUUGUUCGGGAAGUUCUUUCGUUUCUCUUUUUUUCUUUGUACAAGAGAUCACGUGUAGCGUGGAAAUUAGUUGGUGUAGCGUGUGUUUCGAAACGUCGCGUUCGUACUUAACGAUAUUAAACAAAUUCGAAGUUAAGGAGUCAUUCGUUGUUCGAUAUAUCGGGAUAAAUUAUAUCGAUAACAAAUUUUAAGCGAUUUCUUCGAUUACCUAACUCGUUCCUUCGAUCGUUCAACGAAAGAAAUUGAAAUUAAAAUAUCUGUGUUUCGGUUAUCAUAGUUUGUAUAGCGAACUUUCUUACGAACGAAGAAACAGGUCAGAGGACGAAGAAAGACUUGUAAAAUUUGAUAUUAAUAUUAUAGAAACUUUCAAAAUGAUACAUGUCCACGAUGAACUUGUACAAAUAAGGUUGUUUCAGCCGUUGAGUGUUCCCGAAAUAAAAAAAAAAAGAAAAGAAAACAAAAGCAAUCGUAGAGAUUGUUCGUCGCUUAUGUAACUCGAACACCUCGCUUUCUAUCAAUUUAAUCGCGAUAACGAGAUAAUACGUUGGGAAACAAUUUCUCUUCAAACUAAAUGAAAAAUAAUUCCAGUAUGCUUUCUCGCGCCACGCGCAGUUGCAUUCCGAAAUUCUGUGAAACGAACGAUUGUUCUUGUUUUAGUGCACUUGUCUGACAAAUGGGGGGGG